AUGGCUUUCCUUAGGUCGGAAUUCGUCGUGGGGAGAGGCGAGGCAGUGGCGGUGAAUUUGUUGAGUUCUUUCGUGGAAUCGUACAACGCGAUUGGGAGGUGUGACAAAGGAGUGGAAUUGUAUGGAAGGCUGAAGCUCUUUCUCAUUCUCACUCAGCAGACACACGAGUGCGAGAGGGCAAGUGGGCAGAAAGUGUGCGCCAAAUCAAGUCUGAUGAAGCGCCAGUGGUGCAGGUGGCGUCUCGAUGCGUUGGCAGAGGCUGAAGCAGUUCAUUGCACACCACUGCGCCCCUUCAAGUCACGCCUUGAGGGAGGCGAGGAGAUGUGGGGACGCGAGGAUGUCAGUUAG